UUUGGAGCUCUCACUUUGGCUUUUUUGUGCUCUAUGUCCUGCAUUCGCACUGUCCUCUCAGUCAUUGCAUACAGUACUUCCCGCACUUCUACUCUCUUUGCUACCAUAUAUCCAAUGAUAUCGCUGACUCUUGGCCACAAUUUUCAUCUUUCUUUACCACAACAAGGAGCCAAAUGAAGCUGAUCCUUGUUAGCCCAGUAGUACUUAAAGGUCUGCCCUUCUUCAACCAUUUGAACUUGGUAUCCCACCCUUAUCAUCCUAAUUAUCAAGAUCAUCAGAAUCAUACUUUCUUUUGGAUGUAGGAAUGCCAUUACUGAUCUUUUUGUGCGGAUGAUGAGUGGCAGUAGCUGCAGGGUUGGUCCUCGUUAACAUUCGUCGAUAUAAUACAAACCAUCGUUUCUUAGGGGUUAACUGUGGGAGUACCAAGUUUAGUUGUGUCUUAGGCAUGGUCAUGACUCAUGAUAUCAGACAAGUCUAAACUAUAUUCCCCUUCCAGCUUUGAUGAAGUAUUAUGAGCUUUCAGCACUGGUGGUUGUGUUGAUGAGGGCACAACAUCAUCCUUCUUGAUCUUCAAGCCGUCCGCGGUGGCUACCCUCUUGACAUUCAUGAUGAUGAUCUUCUUGGUUUGUUCCUCUCGAUGAUCUCCAUUCAUUAGGGAUCGUGUUUCUCAUAAGACUGAAAGAAAGGUGUUGGAACGAGUACUGAAAAGGGUAUAAAGAUACCGGGGCUAAAACAAACUACUCCUUGUCUGAUCAGGAAUAGGAUUUGAUGUUCGAAUCUUUAAUGGACUGGGUUUCUAUUUCCUUUUGUUUUGUUUGUUUCUUAACAAACAGGUUAAGACCAAGAUUUCCAUUCACUUUUCUCACUUCGAAAAAGGUUUCUAUUUAAGAGAGAGAAGAGAAGGACCGCUCAGCCCUAUCUCCGUCACCGUCUGGCCAAUCUCCAAAGCCCUAGCCGGCUAGCCUAUAUCAUCUGAUCAGGUCUGAGAAUUGUGGUUGUCCGGGUCUAUUAGUUCAUUACCAACUUUCAUGUCUGAGCUCGACGUCCAGAUUCCUACCACCUUUGAUCCGUUUGCCGAGGCAAAUGCUGAGGACUCAGGUGUUGGAACAAAAGAGUAUGUGCACAUUCGUAUACAGCAACGAAAUGGUAGGAAAAUCCUGACAACAGUGCAGGGACUGAAGAAGGAAUUUAGCUGCUACAAGAUUCUCAAAGACCUUAAGAAGGAAUUUUGCUGCAAUGGUACAGUUGUCCAGGACCCAGAACAAGGCCAGGUGAUUCAACUUCAAGGUGAUCAGAGGAAGAACACGUCUGCCUUCCUAGUUCAGGCUGGCAUUGUGAAGAAGGAUAACAUCAAAAUUCACGGUUUCUGAGCUGCAGGAACUCAAGUCUGCACAAUCCCCCUCAUGAACAUGAUAUCUGGAUAUUAUAUUGUCCAAGUUUGCUAUUCGAAUUGUAUCUUUAGUUUGUUUCAAUAUAUAAGGCAACUGUGUGAUGCGCCAUGAAUUCCAGUAUGUAUGACAACUUACUAUCUUAAUCAAAUUAUGAGUUCGUGUUCUCUAAAACAAACACAAGGUAGGGACUAACAUUCUUUUUCGUAUCUAACCCUAUGAUGAGAUCGUAAACAACUUCUCUUGAUUCUCAACUCAUGACCCUAACGUCUUUUGUACUCUUCAAAGUUUCAGUGUCAAAAUUGACCAAUCACGUCUUCAUAACGCUGUCACUUUUAUCAUCUCAGAUCAGCCUACAAGUGAAAAUAUAGAUGGAGAAAAGCCUCACAAGGAAGCCAUGAAAAUCCACUGAAGAGCGGUGCUCGCUUCCAUCUCCAUUCAUAGUUUUUGACCAUCUUCAUAAUCAUGCCUAUAAACAACAGGUAGCCAAUAUUUGCAACUAACAAAGAUAUACCCAAAAGACCCUAAACAGGAGUGAAGAUGAAACCAGAAACACAUUCAUCCUUGCAAAAGCCUCAUAUCCAUUGUCCAAAGGAUUGAGGUCCAAGUCCCAUCGACACAGCUACAUCUAAAAUACUGUAGACUACCAUAAAAGAAUCAAAAACAAGAAUUCAUGAGGCGCAAAGGGAAACCGAAAACACCAUUGUCAACAAAUUGCUGAGGAUUCCAGUAAUACUCUUCAAAAAGAAGUCGAUAACUCUUGUAGUUAAGGUCCCUGGGGUGAUGGGACUAUGAAAGAAAACCCCCUUUUUCUGAUGAUAUAACUUUAAAGUGUACAUCUAAACGCCUAAAAGGUCAUUACACUUUGAAAGAAUGGGUAUCAAAACAUAUGGUGGACACUCGCCUCUGGUUUUCCUCUCUUUUAAUCUCUCUUUCUCUC